GAUAACAGAAGUAUAGUAUUCAUUAAGUUAAGUAUCAUAAAUCAUGAAUGAGGUGGCCAAAACAAAAAGUAUAAACUGUACUACUACUAAGAUUAUUAUGUACAUAGUAAUUCCACUUUUGUCUUACACAUUUUGUGCUAUUUAUGAAAGGGUACACCUAGCUUUAGUGCAAUGUGUCUGUCUGUUUCUUCAUUGGCAGGAAAAGCAUUUGGCUUGAGUAAGAUAAACAGCAACUCUGGGAUUUUAGUAUUUUGCUGCAGCACAGAAGUAUACCAUUGCUAGCUGCUUUCUUUGGUUCUUUACAUGUCUGACUGAGAUAGUGAAAUUGACACCUUUGCUGCUUUCUUAUUGUGAUCAUUCUCCUUUGAAGAGGGGGGUGGAGGAAUACAUCUCAUACUUAUUGUGAAAAGAAAGCAUAGCAGACAUGAGUGAGCUGAGGUAUGAAAGAACAAGGGGGGCAUGGAAAAUAUAUAAAACAAGUGCAGAACAGCCUAGUCCAUCCCAGGUGGAAGGUGGUGGUGCAUGGAGAAACUUUGGGACGUCAGCGAAUGCCAUUUGUUUCGGGCUUGUAGCUACAGCCAUCUUGAUCUCCAUGUUUCUCAUCAUGGCCAUUUUUGAGCAUCUCUUCAAGCAAGGAGGGGCUGAAGGUCAUAUGCACCACCACAGCUUAGAAUCUGGAACAACAAUGCACAAGCUUGGAAGAUCACCACAAACAAUACCAAGAUUUUCUUCACCGGACUUCACGGUCUUAAUGCCUGGACAGCAAUAUCCGACCUUCAUUGCCCAACCUGCACCGCUUCCUUGUCAAAGGGAAGGAGUUUGUUGGCCUUCCCAUGUACAUAAUAUUUCAUAAACAGAAUGCUAG